AUGUCAAAGCUUUUCAUCGGUGGCCUAGCAUGGCACACAGAGGAGACCACUCUUCGCCAGAAGUUUGAGGAGUUUGGUCCUGUCGAAGAAGCUGUGGUGGUCAAGGACCGUGAUACUGGUCGCAGCCGCGGCUUCGGAUUUGUGCGAUACACCCAGGAGGGCGACGCUCAGAACGCCAUCGCAGCCAUGAACAAUGUCGAGUUUGACGGGCGAACUAUCCGAGUUGACAAGGCAUCCGACAACGGCCCUCGAGGUGGUUUCGGUAGAGGAGGAGGUGGUGGCGGCGGCUAUGGACGAAACUUUGGUGGCCCAAUGCCAUACGGAAUGGGCCCUCCUGGACCUGGCUACCAAAUGCCUGCCCCUAACAUGUACGCGCCCAUGCCUUAUGGUCGCGGAUAUCCUCCUCAGCAGGGCUACGGCGGCCCCCCUCAAGGAUACAUGCAUCCUCAGCAGCAGUACGGAUACCAUGAUCCUUCUCAACAGCUCCCUCCCCAGCAGCAGCCUCACCAGGGUGGAAGAGGUUACUAG